AUGUGGUUCGGUUCUCCUAUUCCCUUUCUUAUUGUCUUCGUUGUGGUCUCUUCGGCCUUUGUUCCAGACGAUCCAGAACUCGAGGCUCAUCUCAACAAUGGAAUUGCCCCCACUCGCUCUCUUGGCUUCAUACCUUACUAUAAUACCGAGAAAGUCGUAUUGAACUUCAUGGACAGAAUGGAACGGUGUAUGUAUAUGAAGUAUCCCAAUGCGCUCUCAAGUCUAUUUGCCCCCGGAUUCAGCCUUCAGGCGUGUGAUAGAAAAAUGAACAGAGAAAGAGUCAUUGACUGGAUCAGGUCGAAACGGCCCAAUCUUCGCAAGGUUCGAUUUGCGAAUGUCACCGACGAAUCAAUCACUUUCCAUCUCAUUUGCCAUGAACUCACAGGGCCCGGAAAAUACAUCGAACUUGUCCUGGACCUGGAAUAUUUCCAACUCCAAUCUGGAAGAAUUCAUGGCUGUGAUCUUUCUGGAAACUAA